AAAGCUUUUACCUACAAGAGGGGCCAACCCUUUGCGUCAAUUGAGAAGCAGUGGUGGCAUAGGAAACACUUCACCCCGAUCCACCGCUGCACGCCAGAAGCACUGAAGUCCCUUUCUGUACUUCCCACUCCGCCACACUCCGCCCUUCCCCUGUAACUACUCUCUCCUCUCCGCCGCCGGUGACUCUUCCAUUUCAUCACUAUAGUCUUCUCGCUGACUUUAUCAUCUCUCUCUACAACAUCACAAUGUUGCGAAAAUCACUUCUCCGUCUUUUCUUCCUCUUCCUCCUUGUCGAUCUUCUCUGUUUUAUAUGUUUACUUGCCGCCGAAGAUUCGUUUAUUUUCAACGAAGAGGCUAGCGUCGUCAAUGUCACUGCUACUGGAUCAAAUAGAUCUAAGGAAGACAGCUUUGCUGGCAUGCUUGAUCGUGCUCUUGAAAAGGAGUUUCCCGAGAAUGAUGAACAGUCCGAUGGUACUGAUCCUGGGAGCUUCAAUAAUAGUGUGGCAGGGCAACAGGCAGUUCUGGAAACUGUUGCUAGAGUCAAGUCGAAGAGAAAUGACACCAAAGAGGAUAAGUCAUUUCAGCUUCAUGAUGUUUUCAAUUUGGAUAAUGAAAAUCGUCCUGAAGAUACACCAAGACUAAUAGAUAGCAAGGACAAUGUCUUUAUCAUGUCCAAUCCCAAGUCUAAGUACCCUGUCCUACAAUUAGACCUAAGAUUGAUAUCUGAUUUGGUGGUUGUCAUUGUCUCUGCAACUUGUGGUGGCAUUGCAUUUGCUUGUGCUGGGCAGCCGGUUAUUACAGGCUAUUUGCUAGCUGGAUCUGUGAUUGGACCUGGGGGACUUAGCUUUGUUAGUGAACUGGUUCAGGUCGAGACAGUUGCUCAGUUUGGUGUCAUUUUUCUUCUUUUUGCAUUGGGCCUGGAGUUUUCAUCAGCUAAGCUACGUGUUGUUCGAGCAGUUGCUGUUUUAGGAGGUCUACUCCAGAUAUUUCUUUUUAUGUGCUUGUCUGGAGUAAUUGCUGUGUUAUGUGGAGGUGAAGCUUCUGAAGGUGUAUUUGUUGGUGCCUUCCUUUCCAUGUCAUCAACAGCAGUGGUGUUAAAGUUUUUGAUGGAAAAAAAUAGUAUUAGCACUCUUUAUGGACAAGUCACUGUUGGCACCCUCAUUUUACAGGAUUGUGCUGUUGGUUUAUUAUUUGCACUGCUUCCAAUCCUUGGGGGUACUUCUGGAAUUCUUGAAGGCAUGUUAUCUAUGACAAAAACGUUGGUGACUUUAAUCACGUUCUUGGCUGUCCUAUCAAUAUUAUCACGCACUUGUAUACCUUGGUUUCUUAAUCUUAUGAUAAGCCUAUCAUCCCAGACAAAUGAACUUUAUCAGUUGGCAUCCGUGGCUUUCUGCUUGAUAGUUGCAUCGUGUAGUGACAAGUUAGGUUUAAGCCUUGAACUUGGUAGCUUUGCUGCUGGAGUCAUGAUUUCAACAACUGAUCUCGCCCAACAUACUCUCGAACAAGUAGAACCAAUCCGCAAUUUCUUUGCUGCCCUUUUUCUUGCAAGCAUCGGGAUGCUUAUUCAUGUCCAGUUUCUCUGGAACCACAUUGACAUAUUAUUAGCAGCUGUCAUUCUGGUGGUUGUUAUCAAAACUUUUGUAGUCGCCACUGUAGUCAAAGGAUUCGGUUACACCAACAAAACCGCCCUUCUUGUUGGAAUGUCACUUGCGCAAAUUGGUGAAUUUGCUUUUGUUCUCUUAAGCCGGGCGUCUAAUCUUCAUCUAAUUGAGGGAAAAUUGUAUCUACUGCUUCUUGGUACAACGGCUCUCAGCCUGGUAACGACGCCGUUUCUUUUUAAGCUGAUUCCGGCGGUUGUUCAUCUUGGAGUAUUGUUACGUUGGUUCUCACCUGAUAUGCCAACAGAGAUGCUAUUUAAAGGAGAGUUGAUGCGUUCAGACACUGCUAAGCGUAUUAGUUUGAUGGUACAGAAAGAGUCGGCUAUGAGCUUGAAGGAACAAGUCUAAUCCCCCUACGACUACAAGUAAGAAAGAAAGGUAGUCAUAUACUGAUUGACACUACACUACACUACACCACUAUGUACAUAUAUAGAUAUACCCCCUAAGGAUAAUUCUGAUUUGAGAUUUUUAAUUACUUUGUAGAAAUUGUUGAUUUUGUAAUGUAGUUUAACUAGUGUUUCUAAUGCUUUUGUUUUCUUCUUAAUGGUGUGAAACC